AUCCCUUUUUCCAUAUAUGGUUUCAACGUUUUCUGUUGUAUCAAUCGUACAUCUAAAUGACUCAACAAUUUUGAUUUAAUCAACGUCAUAAAAACCACAAUUGUCUAUUUAUAGGUGACAGUAAACAGUUCAAUUAAACAAAUGCGUAGCGUAUAAAAUAAUUAAUCGAGUAGUAACGAUGCAUUUUAUUUCAUAGUGCGGUGAUGAUAUUAAAUGAUAUUAUGUCCUUUUAGCUAUUUUGAUACAUAGCUUCCGAGUUAAUUGAUAAACGUAGGCUUUGUUUAUUAAAAGAAUCAAAAGAGGAUAAAAAUACUUAUUCUGUUCCCGGCGUUUGGAAAAGGACAUCACGAUGACAGAACAAAGACGACCCAUUGGAAUACUUGGUACUGGCGACUUCGCACGCGCACUCGCAAAGCGACUCUACUUCUCCGGAUAUGACGUAAUUAUUGGAAGCAGAAGGCCGGAAGAAAAAUCACUUUCUGCAAUAGACGAAUGUUUAUGUAACAUGUCUCUUGUUAGCACAGAGGAGUGUAUUAAAUCAGUUUCUAUCAUUUUCUUGGCAAUUCAUGCUGAAAAUUUCAAAGAUUUAUUGGAGGAGCAUGAUGACAAACUUGACGGCAAAAUUGUUGUGGACGUUUCAAAUCGAGACAGGCCUAGCGAGUCUCAUUCAAACGCAGAAUAUCUCCAAAGGCUCAUUCCACAUGCCUCUGUGGUUAAAGCGUUUAACGUCAUUUCCGCUUACGCAAUGGAAAACGAUUACAACACGAGCAGCCGACAAGUUUUUAUCGCCAGCAAUAACGAAAUGGCACGAGGAGCUGUUUCAAACAUAGCACGUAACAUGAAUUUUACCCCGGUUGACUUUGGGGGUCUCUUUGCAGCCAGACGAAUUGAAAAACACCCGCUGCGAUUAUUUCCGGAUUGGCGCGGACCUUUCGGCUUUACUGUUGCGGUAUUUAACAUUUGGCUACUGUAUCUGAUAUUCAUUUAUUACAUUGACAGGACUGUUUACGAAUGGGAACAAAUAUUUGUAAAGGUGUUGAACAAAGCCAUCUGUAUGACUGGAAUCACAGUAUUGUCUGUGACAUACUUAGCCAGCAGCUUUGCAGCAACAUUACAACUGUAUUACGGGACAAAACACAUCCGAUUCUCAAGGUGGUUAGACAAAUGGAUGAAGAAUAGAAAACAACUUGGACUUGUUUCAUUUAUAUUGAUAGCAAUUCAUGUCAUCAUGUCAACACUAAUAAUGUCACCUACAUAUCUAAGAUCAUGGUACCAUUCAACGAAAAUAGUUAUUCCACAUAACAUGUCUGAAGCGUAUGAAUUUCAAAAUAUUAACUGGAUGACAUGGAAAGGAGAGGCUGCAUGCAUGACCGGUAUCUUUUCAUUUACUAUUUUAUGUUUUGUCUGUGUUUCUACCUUACCGUCUGUCACAGACACACUUAAUUGGCGAGAAUGGCGUUUUGUGCAGUCAAAGCUUGGCCACGUUGCGUUAUUUUUAGCAGUUGUUCACGUGCUAGUAAUGGGAAUACCAGGUUGGUCUAAAAAUCCAAGAAAAAUUUACAAAUCCAUAACAUUUUUAUCGUCUAUACUUCCAUGGAUAACUAUUUUAUUGAAAGUGCUUUUCUCUUUGCCAUGUGUUGACAGAUAUCUCACAAAAAUAAGGAAAGGUUGGGAAAGGAAAGACGAACGAUGUAGAGCCAAUUGUGUUCGCCCAAAGAAAGAAGGUUACGUCAUCAUGAAUGUAGACGACACUACGGAUAGGAUAAGCGGUAUUUGCCCAUGUCCAGGAGAUACUGUGCAAAUGGUUACAUUCGAUGAUACGAGUUGUGGUUGUACAAAUGCUAACAUAGUCUGAAAUUUUAUAAUAAAAUGUCUGAAAUUUUGUAUAAAAUGUUU